UGCUGCGAUGAGACGCCACACUAUCCACGCUGCUCAACCACUGUAGUGUCGGCUAACGUUACACUCUGAAGCAAACUCUGGAGACCACUCCACGGCCGUCUGUAUAUUUGAGGGGACCCCACAGGACAUUUGGAAAAGCCAGCAGCAGCAUCCAGGUGUGAACUCCCCAUCGAAUAGUAUCUGUUUUCAGUGUGUGCACCAUGGCGUCUAAGCCUCACCCUCCUCUGAUGAAGAAGCACAGUCAGACAGACCUGAUAAGCCGCCUGAAGAGCCGGAAGAUCCUCGGAGUCGGCGGCGAGGAUGAUGAUGGCGAAGUGCACCGCUCAAAGAUCAGUCAGAUGCUCGGAAAUGAGAUGAAGUUUGCAGUGCGAGAACCCAUCGGGCUGAGGAUGUGGAUACUCAUCUCUGCAGUGGGUUUCACAGUUAUGGCCGUGCUGGCCCUAGUGUUUCCCAACCAGCUAUAUGAGGUUGUUUUCGAGGAGGAGCUCUCCACGACUAGCAUCUCUGUUCGCCUUUAUGGAGGAGCACUGCUUAGCCUGGCCCUCAUCUUGUGGAAUGGUCUGUACACGGUAGAGAAGACCGUCAUCCAGUGGACUCUGCUCAGUGAAGCCUGCUACUUUGCUGUACAGUUUCUUGUGACCUCCAUCACCUUAAUGGAGGUUGGCAUCCUGCCCAACGCUGCCAUCCUCCUGCUCGUCAGUCGGGUGCUCUUCGUGGUGGUCACCAUGGCGUACUACUACCACCUGGGCCGUAAGACGAAGAAGAUCUGAGCUGACUGGUUGAUACUUCCAGGCAGAGGGGGACAGCUGAGCACAAACAAGGGGUCAGAAGAUUUGGAAUAAUAUUUGAUUGGGGCUCGGAGCAUUACUUUGCCAGUGGAUGCCCCCUGCCGUGGGACCUAGCCUAUUGUAACCCCCAGUGUCCAACAGAUGAGCACAGUCUCACAUUCCAGACUCUACAACAAGAACAAGAAAUCUCUUAGUGAAAGUGAAUUACUCUUUCUCUGGGCUGUGAGGUCAAGCCCCUCUUGACACACAUCCCUCCUUUGGGCAAUUCUGAGUGCUGUUUAUGAAGAAGGAACUAGCAGUUUGUAGUGCAUUGCUUUCUUGUGUCACCUAGUAGUUCUAUGAUUAUUACAGUGCAUCAAAGUUGUUUGUGUACUGCCACGUGAUUUCCUGAUUCAGUAUUUUGUGUUGUAUGAAGUUGCAUCUUUACACCACUUCUUAAUCACACUCGAGGACCAUAAUGUGUCACCCGAUCUGUUUCCUGGUUGUUGAUGUUAACUCCUACUGUAGGUUUACUUAAGUGAAGCUUGAAUAUCUGCGCUCUUGCAUGCUUCUCUGGUGACUCUUCAUUGACCCAUUAAAUGGGGGGAAAAGCAUCACCUUAGUGUAAAUUUAGGGGCAAUCGGACAAGCUAAAUGCUGGAUGAGUGACGAUGAACCUUUUCUUAUACUGCUGAAAGCUUUCUUGGUCAGCACACAGAGUAAACAUGGACCUUUAGGAGUUUCCUCAAUCAACCAUAUUCAGAUUAAGACUACCCAAAACAAAAAGCUGAAUCUAAACAUUUUUUAGGGACAAAGUGAUUUUUAAAAAAAAUUUUGGAUUCCUUGAAGUAUCAGUCAAGAAGUUCUACCAAAGUGAAUAGUAAUUGUUAUGGAUAGAAUAUUUAAACUUCUGAGAUUAACAGUAAAUGGUAUGUAAUAUUGGUGUGUGUGUGUGUGUGUGUGUGUGUGUGUGUGUGUGUGUG